CCUGUUCGUUCUCUCCGCCUCCCGAGGCCCCGGGUGAGAAACGGGGGAGACGCGAGGGGCGGAGCUUGUGGAGGAAGAUGGCUGCCGCCUGGGGGUUGUCCCUAACGGCCGCUACGCAGAGAGCGGUCACUCCCUGGCCGAGGGGCAGGCUCCUCGCGGCCUCCCUGGGACCCCAGGCGCGUCGGGAGGCGUCGUCCUCCAGCCCCGAGGCCGGCGAAGGGCAGAUCCGCCUCACAGACAGUUGCGUCCAGAGGCUUCUGGAAAUCACCGAAGGGUCAGAAUUCCUCAGGCUGCAAGUGGAGGGAGGUGGAUGCUCCGGAUUCCAAUACAAAUUUUCACUGGAUACAGUUAUCAACCCCGACGACAGGGUAUUUGAACAGGGUGGGGCAAGAGUGGUGGUUGACUCUGAUAGCUUGGCCUUCGUGAAAGGGGCCCAGGUGGACUUCAGCCAAGAACUGAUCCGAAGCUCAUUUCAAGUGUUGAACAAUCCUCAAGCACAGCAAGGCUGCUCCUGUGGGUCAUCUUUCUCUAUCAAACUUUGAUGUGUUGACUGGUGACUCUGGGAUUGUCACCAGUUGUACCAAUUUGAAGAACCUGGAAUUAGUAGAAUUCUAGAAGUUUCCUUCUAAUCAUGUCCCUCUCAAUUUUAUUUCCCGCAGUCCAGGAGUGUUAUGUUUUGCCACUAUUAUUUUCAGAACGUGAAGAUUUUACUCUUGGCUUAAUUUUUCCUUCCAGCUCCACUCAGUGCUAAGGCUGAGCCUCCAGAUGCUGUUACCUCAGAUUUAAUUACUGGUUGAAACUCCGUAUAAUUUGUAGAGCCUCCAUGGCUCUAAAAUUUGGAAUUAAGUUCUCUUGCCUUAAGAGCUGCUUGUACAUAUGUGGAUAGCUAUGUAUAAAAGCUUCAUUUUAAAGAAGGUUCUUAUUGUGUUGUGGAUCAGGGUCACAGAUUGGGUAGCUUGGACACCAGUUAUUAGGGAUGAGAAAAGUAAAUGAAAUGUUCUCUUUUUCAUUUCACCCUGCCAGAAUGUGCCACUUGACUUAUCUUUAUUGUCUAUGCAACCCAUUUGCCACUUCCUAUUUGAUAGGACAGAUACAUUUUAGUCUCAUACUCGUGGAUCUGCUACGAGUCAUAAAACCAAGAGCCCGUUACCCAGAAAACUUGGACCAAACCCUCACUGAUAGUGAAUUAUUUCAAAAAUAGCCUCCCUACUCAUACAGACAUUUUAAGAUUCUGUGACAAUUUAAUGACUGAAUCUUUUUAGGAUAUGUUGCUUUACCUGCCUUCUGUUGUAAAAUGGCUCUGGUCUCAUGCACAGCAGGAAGUGAUCCCUUUAUUGUUAUAGGUAAUAGAUUCUUAGGAAGCUUUUUUUAGAUUCGGUUACCAGAUGAAAUGUAGGAUGCCCAGUUAAAUUUGAAUUUCAGGUAAAUAAUUUUUUAGUAUGCGUAUGUCCCAAAUAUUGCAUAUACUAAAAAUUACUAUUUGAAAUUCAAAUUUAACUCCUAUAUUUUUAUUUGCUGACCUUGGCAACUCUACUUUAGGGUCACCAAACAGAAAGCUUUUAAAAUCACAAAUUCUAGUGAAUUAAAGUACUUGUGUAGGUGUGGCACUUAAAUAGGCUUCGGAGCUUGAAAUAAUCCUGUUACAGUGCUGUGGAGCUGUGUGGACAGACAGUGAAAGAAAAUCUACCACCAUCACCACACCGAAUGAUUUAUUAAUACUGAUGUUGGAGAAACUACAACCAAGUUGAUUCUGGAAGAGUUACUGGUUAAAUCCAUCUUUUGCUUGGGAGCCUAGAAGUUUGUUACAGCAAAGACUUGCAUUUCUGCACUGGAUUGGAAUUAAGGUCAUUUAGUAAGAAUUUACUAUUUUAAAACAUGGAAAUAGAGUUUAGAAAAUAUCUGAGACAGAAACUUAGAUACAUUUCCAACAUGGCAAAACCUAGGACUUAGAGAAAACAAACCUGUCAUGCGGUUAGAGGAGAGAAGGGGACACUCAGAAACCUGAGCACAUUUCUUAGAGCUGGUGGAAGGAGGCAGAAAGCAGCAUACCAUGAGAGCAUCUGUGUGCGCACAUGACCAAGACAGUGCCGCCAGUACCUGCGCCUGAUAGGCUUUCAGUUCAGACUACCUGUCCUUUCAUCCUCCUUAAAAAGAUUUUGCUACAUUUUAAACAUUAGAAUAUAUUCUUUAAGAAUAUUUUGUGGGUUAUUUAUUGAUUUUGUGGUUUUAAAACUCUUGAGCACGAGCAGAACAGCUUUUGUUGCUAAAUCAAUCAAAUUACAGUGGUGCACUAGACAGAAACAGUCCCUUAGAAUGCAGAAGCUUAUAUGUGAGUAUCUACUGUUAAUGGGAGAAUUGGAAUUUUAUGUUUAGAAAAAGGCAGAUUUGGGGCUGGGCACGGUGGCUCACGCCUGUAAUCCCAGCACUUUGGGAGGCCAAAGCAGGCAGAUCAGCUGAGGUCAGGAGUUUGAGACCAGCCUGGGCAACAUGGUGAAACCCUAUCUCUACUAAAAAUACAAAAAUUAACUGCAUGGUGGACACCUGUAAUCCCAGCUACUCGGGAGACUGAGGCAGGAGAAUCACUUGAACCCGGGAGGCGGAGAUUGCAGUGAGCCAAGAUUGCACCACUGCACUCCAGCCUGGGUGGCAGAGUGAGACCCUGUCUCAAAAAAAAAAAAAAAAAAAAAAAAAAAAAAAAAAGGCGGAUUUGGGAAAAUCAUGUUACUUCACACUGAGAAAGCUUCAUUGGGAAACCAGAAGUGGCAGCAGGAAGUCUCCAUUGGUGGAGACUUUAUGUUGUUUUUCAAAAAGAAGGUCUCUUGGUCAAUGCCCAGAUCUUAUUGUGGUACCAUACUUCAGUUAUGUGAUGAGAGUGACCAAUGGUAUGUAAAUUAUGUGUCCCAUCCACUCUUAGUUUCUUUCUUUUUAUUUGAGGCAGGGUCUCGAUCUGUCUCCUAGGCUGGAGUGCAGAGGUGCAGCCUCUACCUCCCAGGCUCAAACAACCUUCCCACCUCAGCCCCCGCAAGUAGCUAGGACUGCAGGUGCACACCACCAAGCCCAGCUACUUUUUGUAUUUUUUGUAGAGAUGGGGUUUCACCAUGUUGCACAGGAGUCUCGAACUCCUGGGCUCAAGCAAUCCUCCUGCCUCAGCCUCCCAAAGUGCCGGUAUUACAGGCACGAGCCACCAUGCCUGGCCCACCCAUAGUUUCUUCGUAUGGGAAUGUUGACUGAUUACAAGGGAUAGGAGGAAAGAAGUUGAGAAGUAAAAGAUUAGGAAGGACUACUAAAGUAGGUGUUCAGGAAGAGACUCUUCUUUCUGUAACUUCUGAGAAUCGAGCUCUGUUCUUUUGUCGUUUGUUAUAAAGCAUUAGAGUGCAGGGGUGGCAUUUGGCAGGAUCAACCUGGUACAGGGAAGUGGGCAGCACUGAUCGUGGUGGUACAGCUCUCCCUGGCUUUGGGCAGGGCCUAACACUGUUCACUGCAUGUUUUGUCUGAAAGGAAGGAAUCUCUUCUAUUUUUCUUCCUAUCUAGCAUUGAUGUUUAUGAUCGUUCUUUUAAAAUCCGUAUUUGCCACGCUUCAUAAAAAUGCCACAGGGCUGCCUGACAAAUUUGCAUUAAGGAAUUUUGAUAUAAUUAGCACCUGGCUUUAGUUGUAAAUUAUAGUCAGAUAAAUAUAUAAAGAGAAGGAGCAUUUAAGCAAUCUUUGGCCAGCAACUGUAUUUAAAAAUAUUUUAUUUUUUUUUGAAUAGGUGAUACAUAUGAUACAAAAUUCAAAAAAAUACAAAAGGAGAUACAGUGAAAAGUCUCCCAAUCCUGUACCUAUCCACCCAGUCACCCUCCCUACAAACCACCAUUGGUUCUAAGAAUUUAUCCUGCAGAUGUAAUCCCAUAAAUUAAUGUGAAAUAUGCACAAGAAUAUUCAUUACAGCAUUAUUUAUAGCAAAAGACAGGAAACAAUGGAAACGUCUGUCAGUGAGGGACUGAUUAAAUAAAUUAUGGUUUAUCCAUUCAAUGGAAUAGUAUACAGCUGUAAAAUGAAAUGAGGCAGCUCUAAUUGCAAGUAUAAAAAAAAAAGCGAAGUGCAGAACAGCAUGCAUAGUAUGCUAUUUGUAUUUUAAAGAAAGGAAAUAUGUAUAUAUGCAUACAAUAUCUCAAGAUCGGCAGGAAGGUGGAGAUUGGAGUGUUGUGGGGGCAGUGGGAACAGCAGUUACGAAGGUGUAGUGCCAGCAGGAUAUAUUUGGGGGAUGGUAAGUUCUCCGAUGGUGAGGUAUAAGGCGGAGUGGCAAGGAUGAGGUGAACAGACAACUGCUUCUCUUUCCCCAUUCUUUAGACAAAUAGUGUUAUGUUACAUGCUGUUAUGCAACCCUCCCUUUUCCCCUUAAUUUGUUUUGGAUAUCUUUCUUAAGGAAUUUAGAGCCACCUUUUUUAAGGGUUCCAUAGCAAUUAAUUGUUUCUAAUCUUUAGCUAUUACAAAUGAUGCAGUAAUAACUUCUUACAUAUGUCAUUUUAUAGCUGGUGAAAAUAUAUCUGAAGGUUAAGUUCCUAGAAGUGGAAACUACUGGAUCAAAGAGUUAGUGCUUUUAUAAUUUUGAAGGACAUUGCCAUAUUGUCCUCUUCAAUAUGUACUUCUGUCAGUUGUUAUGAGAGUGCCUAUUUCCCACAUGCUUGCCAGCUAGGAGUCUUAACAAGCUUUUUGAUCUUUGCCAAUCUGACAGUUUUAAAAAGGAUCUCAGUAUGGUUUUAAGUUGCAUUUCUUUUAUUAUGAGUGAAAGAAUAUUUUUACAUGCGUAAGAGUGACUUAUUUUUGUCUGCUGAAAACAUCUCAAUUAGUAUAGGGACCUAGAGCAAAUUAUUGAAGCUUUCUAUGUCUCAGUUUCCUCACCUGUAAAUUGAGAAUAAACAAUAGUAAGUAGGAUUAUUGGAUAAUUAAAUGAAAUGUAUGUAUGGCACUCAGCACAGUGCCUGGCACAUGGCAAGCAUUCAAUAAGUUAUGUGAUGGCUAACAAUCAGAGGAGCAGGUAGGACAGGGCAGAUUAAAUUAAGAAAGUAGCAUUCACUUCCAUGCUCCAGUCACAUGGAGCCUUGUUCAUUUACAUUGCCAUUCAUCAGAGAAGUACGAAGUCAGAGCUUUCCUUGUCUUUUAAUAGUAAAGAGUCAUUUCCCAUUGGAACCCAUCAUAGGCUAUCAGCAGAGCUGGCCAGGGAGUAGGCACAGCCUCAUCUCUAAUAUUUAGACUUAGCCAACAUGGUAAAGAAAUUUAAUCUGAUAUGAAAUAAAAACAACAGAAGAGA